AGACCACAGAGCUCCUCUAUCAGGCUCAGUUCCCUUUUAGCUGCAGUUCACCAAACAAGCAGGAGUCCAGCCAACCGAUUGCUCAGCAUCUAACAAGGAGGGCCACCAGAGAGAAAAGAGACAAUUAUACACAAACACUGAGCCUUGUUAAUAUUCACACAUGGCCAGCACGUCAAAGCGGACAUUCCUCCAGGCCAUGUGUCUGGUGGUUUCAUUGUCCAAGGCAGUACCUGAGAAUUAUGAGGAUGAUAUCGAUGUUAACUUCGGACCCAAUUAUUUUAACGAGAUAACUGAGGAGGACCAGAUGGAAGGGGAGACCCCCACACCUUCCCCUGAACCCUGCAAAGGCCCAGUCUUCACUAAGUGGGAUAAGCUCUUCACAAUGCUGGAAAAUUCCCAAAUGAAAGAGAACAUGCUCCUGCAGUAUACCGAUGAUAUCAUCAAGGUGGAGCUGCAGAGUCUGAGAGAAGAGAUGUUACAGUUUGUGGCACAGUACGGUGGCUCUUGCGCAUCUGCGGUUGAGAGCUCGGUUCGACGGGCUGGGAUUCAAACAGAGACGCGUUUGCAGAAUGUGAUGGACCGUGUGCGAGAGGUCUCAGCUGAUCAGUCUACGCAGCAUGAUGCAGCCCUGCAGCAGCUACUGGCUGCUAGUGUAAACCAGGCUGCACGGCUUGAGCGACUGGAGAACGACUGUUUAAAAUGGCGGGGAAGAGGUCUGGCCUCCCAAGCCAAGAGCGUCCAGACCCGACAUCUCAUGCAAGAAGUGAGCGAGACAGAGAAUGGAGGUAGGCUGGAGAAGACUCUGGCACCCAUCUCCAAUGAGCUGCAAACCAUCCGGGAACAGCUGACCCUUUACACCAAAUCAGUCUUUGCAAACAGCCUUCCAUCAGGCUGUGACACUGGGCUGCUCUUCCCCACACGUUCAUCUACAGCUUAUGUUGAAGUCUCACCCAAGACACCCUUUCAGAACAAUGCGGUCACCAUUUGCCUGUGGGUGAAACCAACUCAGGUGCUCAACAAGACCAUCCUCUUCUCUUACAGUACAACUGGCAAUGCCUACGAACUCCAGCUGGUGUUGAAUGGACAGAGUGUCUUCUUUACCGUCGAUGGUGAAACCCAUUUGGUGCAAGCUUCAGGGGCAGCUCAAGAGGGUCAGUGGGUGCACAUUUGUGCAGUCUGGAGCUCACAUCAGGGCUUGGCUUCACUGUGGGUGAAUGGUAAACAGUCUGCAAGCUCUCCUGGAGUGGCUGAAGGUCAUGAGUUACGCAGCAAAGGAAGCAUACUAUUGGGGCAAGAGUAUGGACGUUUCUUCAGGCAUCUUAGUAUCCCAGACACUUUUGAUGCGGAGCUGGCCUUUACAGGGAAGAUGACUGGAGUGAACAUGUGGGACCGCGUUUUGGAUUCAAAGGAGAUAUCUCAGCAAGCGCGGCUGGAUGGGAGUGGUUGUGGUAUCCGUGGUAAUGUGGUGGCAUGGGGUGUUUCUGACAUUGAGCCAAAAGGGGGUGUCAAGUUAAUAUACUAAAUUUCUCUACUGUCUUAACCACCUGAGCCCUGUAGACCAAUCAGCUGAGCUCCUACAAGCACAUAUUAAGAACCUGCUUUGCUACACCUGCACAAAACAAUAAUUAUUCUUUCCU